AUGGCGAGGACGCACACUCGCAUGUUCCUCGCCCUGGCUUUGCUGGGAACGUUCCUUCUCGUGGUGUCGGUGAGAGGAGAGCUGCAACAGGCGGAGGAGGAGGAGGUGGAGAUGUCCUGUCAGGGAGCCUUCGACCUCUAUUUUGUCCUGGACAAAUCCGGCAGUGUGAAGCAUCACUGGAUAGAGAUUUACUCCUUUGUAAAGCAGUUGGCAGAGAAGUUUAUCAGCCCCAUGCUGAGAAUGUCCUUCAUCGUCUUCUCCACCCGAGGGACCAUCAUCAUGAAGCUGACCGAGAACAGGGAGGCCAUUACUGGUGGCUUAAGGGAUCUGAAGGGGGUGGUUCCCGGAGGAGACACAUUUAUGAACUUGGGCCUGGAGAUGGCUAAUCAACAGAUAUAUCAAGAGAGGCAUGGGACAGCCAGUGUUAUCAUCGCUCUGACUGAUGGAGAACUGAAUGACUGGCAGGUUGACACAGCUCAGCGAGAGGCACAGAGAGCCAGGUCUUUGGGAGCGAUUGUUUACUGUGUUGGGGUCAAAGAGUUCAACCAGACCCAGCUUGCAACUAUUGCAGACACGGUGGAUCAUGUGUUUCCCGUGUGGGGAGGCUUCCAGGCCCUGAGGGGAAUCAUUGACUCGAUCAUCAAGAAGUCCUGCAUUGAGAUCCUGGCAGCGGAGCCGUCCAGUGUGUGUGCAGGAGAGCGUUUCCAGGUGGUGGUGAGAGGCAACGGUUUCCUCCACGCCAGGAACACUGAUCACGUGCUGUGCAGCUUCAAACUCAAUGAUACGUACACAGUGGAUGAGAGACCAGCCGGAGUGGAGGACACCUUCCUGCUCUGUCCUGCUCCUGUUGUCGAGGAGGUCGGCAGGGUGAUCUACCUGCAGGUGAGCAUGAACCAGGGCCUCUCCUACAUCACCAGCUCCGUCCACAUCACCACCACUGAAUGUUUCGACGGCACCAUCGUGUUGAUAUCGCUGCUGGUGGUGUUCCUGGUGCUGGCUCUGCUGCUGAUGUGGUGGUUCUGGCCUCUCUGCUGCACUUUGGUUAUCAAAGAACCUCCACCACCCCCACCUCCAGAGCCUGAGUCGGAUGAUGAGGACGGGAUGCCAAAGAAGAGGUGGCCCACAGUGGACGCAUCUUACUACGGAGGAAGAGGAGUGGGUGGGAUCAAACGCAUGGAGGUGCGAUGGGGGGAGAAGGGCUCCACUGAGGAAGGAGCCAAGCUGGACAAACCCAAAAACGCAGUCGUGAAGAUGCCGGAGCAGGAAUUUGAACCGUACGAGCCCAAACCUCGAAAACCACCGCGCCGCCCCCCCCAGCAGAGGAGGUGGUACACACCCAUUCAGGGGAAGCUGGACGCUCUGUGGGCUCUGUUCAGGAGAGGUUACGACCAGGUGUCUCUGAUGAGGCCGCACCCCGGGGACCAGGGCCGCUGUAUUAGCUUCCAACGGGUCAAAGAUGAGGAGUCGAACAACCGGGCUGCUCCUCCUCCUCCUCCUCGGGCACAUCACUCUCCCUCGCCACCGCCCCCCCCUCAGCCUCCCGCGCCCGCCGAAGAGCAACCUCUGGUGUCCAAUUCCGUCCCACGCACAAAACCGCCGUCCAGAGGGCCUCGCACCACGCCGCCCUCCCGUGCACCCCCUUCCGUGGUCCAGGCCCCUCCGGGUCCACCCCCUGCUCGCGCACCCCCGGGGCCUCCAGGACCCCCGCCAUCUCGACCCCCACCCAGGCUCUCAUGAUAAAGAAUGGGGCCUCCAACAAACCCCUGAUACAUCAACUGGUUCCAUAAACUACACGUCCUCCCUUCACCCCAAAGACUCGGCCUGGAGCUCUUCCAUGCAGCUCUGUGCUUUGUUGCUGGACAGCAAAAUAUUUAUCUGAUAAGAAAAUCAGCUACCGAGUUCCAUCAAGAUAACUUUCUUUACUAUGAAACAUAGAAACAUGCAUGUAGUUCCUUGUAUUUAGCAGAGUUCACGUUGACAUAAAGGUGCGAGUAAGUUUCAAGUGUUUCUGGAGAUUCAGCAGAAAGGAUUUAUGUGUUGUUGAAAGUUGAGUACGAAUGAAUGGUGAUGAUAAAUGCACAUGUUUCCUGUGGUUUUGCAGAGAAUAAUAAUGUUGAGCGAGGGUGAGAUUGAGCAGCAUGUAGUGAUGGUGAUGUUGCCUUGGUUUUUAAAUGUACACUUUAUUAGGUUGCUACGAAUCACAUGGAUGCAUCGUUUUAACUUUUUUAACCAAAUCUUUUUCUACAAACUAGUUAAAAAAAAUUAAGUUAGGAGAUCUUAUUGUAACUGCAGGGCAGUUUCACCAUAUUUUAUUUAUUUCAACACCCUGGCCUGCAUCUGCUUUCUGUUUAGUAUCAGGUGGGUUUCUGGGUCUUUGAGGAGGGGGAGCAUGUUGGUGGAAAGAGGGAAGCUUUGUAUCUGUGGUCUUGCAUUGAAAAUAAGUAUCUUCAGGAUUCUCCUUUAUUCUUUGUU